AUGGGGGCACGUGAAGAGCGUGCAUGCCUCUACUGCUUGGCAAUGCCAUCCCCACAUCGAUUCAGUGAAUGUUCCAAGAAAAAAGCAAAUCAAACCAAGAAGGCUGAGGAGCAAACCAAGAAAGAUGUGCAGAUAGCAAGACUGUCCAUUACGUCUGGCAAGGUGGAAGUCAUCACAGAAG